AUAUCUUCUGUUACAACAAUGGCUUUGAUGAUGAGUAGCGAUCAUCAACUUGUGUCGUUGUGUGAAGCAUUUCUUAUAUUUGCAGUGACAAGAUUUAUCUUGUCCUAUGUAAUGAAUCUCUUAAUUUCCUCCGAUUCUUCUUCUUCUUCUUCUUGCUGCUCGUCUUCAUCUUCCACGUCAUCGUCAUCGUCAUCAUCGGACAAUUUAACUAGAAUAACGGAGAAUCUCUCCUUAACUACGGCUGGAAGCAUCCAGCACAGGCUCCCGGAAAACCGGGACGAUGUUUAUUCGUCAUCAUGCGCGGUUUGCCUAAACAGUCUGAAAGAGAAGAGUCAGGUUUGGGAGCUCAGAAACUGCAGCCAUGUCUUCCACAAGCACUGCCUCGAGAAGUGGAUCGCCUACGAAUCCACAUGCCCUCUCUGCCGGGCUUCUUUGCAUGCCGAGAGCACCUUUCUGCCGCCAGCACCGCCGCCUAGCUGGCCGGUGGAGCAAAUGCUUUAUUUCUUCGGAGAUGAUCUGCUUCCUUGAUCAUGUGGCCAUUGAUUAUUAUUAGAUUUACGGCUGUGUAUAUAUCUAAAUUUGUGACUAAGAGCAUAAAUAAAAUCAGCAUUAAUUCUUUUUCAUAGAAGAGAAUAA